AUGCGUUCAGGAUUAAAUAAUGCAGAAUUUGUUGACAGUGCUAUGUUGCAUUUGUAUUUAAGAAAUAAAUUUAAAACCAAAAAUAAUAAACACUCAAACCUUCAAGAAAAAAUCAAAACUACAGAAUAUGAUCAGAAUAACCAAGUACGAUCUUCAUGCGAAAAUGAUGAAUACUUAAUCAAAAUAUGGCAAGAAACUGUAGCAUCAAGAAAAAAAAUAGAACAAAUAAAUAAUACUACAAGUACUGAAAAAACCUAUAUUUCAGGUCCUUCUUUUUACAAAUCAAACCAAAAAAAUCAAACUAUUAUGCAAGAAAUUUCAAUUAACCUUAACGAUGAACAAAAAAAUAUCUUUUUUUUUGAAGUCAUUAAAGCUAUUAAACAGUAUUUUGAACAAAUUAGCAAAGAUCAAACCCUUGUACUUUGCGCACCAACUGGCAUUGCUGCAUCAAAUAUUGGUGGUUACACUCUCCAUUCUUUAUGUGGAUUUGGUUUUGAAGACAAUGAUGGAUGUAAAUAUAAUUUUUUACAAAAAAUAUCAAAAAAAGCUUUUCAAGAACAUUGGUUAAACAUUGAAUACCUUAUCCUAGAUGAAGUUUCUAUAUUUAAACAUAAUUUUUGUUGGAAACUUUCUUCAGCUACCACCGAACCUAUAAAUACACUCAAAUUAAUUGGUGCUAAUGGAAGAGAACUGUGGACAUCAGUGAAAUAUGUAGUAACCUUGAAGAAACAAAUACACCAAGUUGAUGACCCAGCAUAUGCAGCCAUAUUAAAUAACUUACACCAUGACCAUCUAACACCGAUUCAACAUGAAACACUAUAUGAUCAUAUAAUAAUAGAAAAUGAAAUUAAUUCUCCAAAAUGGGAUAAUGCUAUAAAUUUUGAGGCUGCAAUUGAGCAUGCAAAAACUCAUAAUCAACCAAUUUAUUAUAUAUGCGCAGAUGACAAAUACAAAAACAAACCAGUUGAUGGCAGCAUUCGACAAAGAUUUCUGAGUUUAUCAGAUGCAAAAUCAAACCUCUUAUGUGGUAUAUUACCAUUAUCGAUAGGCAUAAAAGUAGCUCUAACAGUUAAUAUCUGUACCAAUAAUGGCAUGGUAAAUGGUGCCCAAGGUGUGCUCCGCAAUAUUGUGUAUGAUAAUGAAAUGCUAAUAAAAGAAGACUUGAACAUUAACAAUGAAGAAAUCGUAAUCUUAAAUAAACCUCCUAAAUAUGUAAUAGUAGAACUCUUAGAUUACAAACCAGAUUUGUAUGAACAACUUCCACCAAAUCAUAUACCAAUUUAA